AUGACCGUUACACGAUCGCAGACGGGCAAGACCCCUAAAAAGACGCAAAAGGACGUAUACCUCGAGACGCCCUCGCGACGCAUCACCAGGAGCCGAUCGUCUGCGACCCCGGAGUUGAGCGCGGAAGAUUCUGACCUCGCUGAACCGCUGGAGAAAGAGAAUAUGUCGAGCACUCGCAAACGCACUGCCGCGAAGAAGGCGAACGGAGCUGCCUCUGAGCCUACGGUGGAGGUUGAAAUAAAUGUUCCUGCUGCUUUGAAUGGCGUCAAUGGGAGGAAGGCCGCGAAGGAAGAGGGAGAAGAGAAGCAGGCCCAGGAGGACCACAAAGUCACCGACCACAUCGAAUUUGGCGGAACUCCAGGCGUGAUUGCGAUGAUGAUAGGAUUCCCUUGCCUGAUGUACUACAUGUGGAUUGGAGCGACCUACUACGAUGGAGCGUUCCCGACUGCAUCGAAGGGACAGUCUACCAGCGACUUUCUCCUACACCUCGUCAACCUGGUAUACACCGGCGCAUUCCCGUCCCUCAAGGCGUGGGCCAUCUACUGGGGAUUCUUCAUCUUCGAAGGUCUCGCGUAUAUGUAUCUGCCCGGAAUCACCGUCAAGGGUCGACCGUUGGACCAUCUUGGAGGGAAACAAUUGACUUACUACUGCUCUGCCGUCUCGUCGUUCUACACUACCAUCGUCCUCGCGGUCAUCCUUCACGUUACUGGAGUGUUCAAGCUGUAUACUAUCAUGGAUGAGUUUGGUCCCAUCAUGAGCGUAGCCAUCAUCACCGGCUUCGUUAUUUCUUUCAUCGCAUACUUCUCUGCCAUUGCGCGUGGUGCCCAGCAUCGUGUGACCGGCUACCCAGUAUACGAUUUCUUCAUGGGCGCGGAAUUGAACCCGAGAUUGUUUGGAAUCCUCGACUUCAAGAUGUUCUUCGAAGUUCGACUUCCAUGGUACAUCCUUCUCCUUGUCUCCAUGGGCGCCGCGGCCAGACAGUACGAGCUUUAUGGAUAUGUUUCUGGAGAAGUUGGAUUUGUUCUUAUGGCACACUUUUUGUAUGCCAAUGCUUGUUCAAAGGGAGAGGAAUUAAUUAUCCCAACCUGGGAUAUCUAUUAUGAAAAAUGGGGCUUCAUGCUCAUUUUCUGGAACUUGGCUGGUGUCCCGCUCAGCUACUGCCAUUGCACCGUCUUCUUGGCCAACCGUCACCCUUCGACGUAUGCUUGGAACAAAUACGCCCUUGCUUUCCUUUACGUUGCCUAUCUCUUUGUCUACUGGAUCUGGGAUACCACCAACAGCCAGAAGAACAGAUUCCGCCAGCAAUCGCGUGGUGACGCUGUGAUCAGAAAGACAUUUCCACAGCUCCCAUGGCAGACUGUCAAGAACCCAAAGACAAUCACUUCUAAGAAGGGAGAUACUAUCCUUGCUGACGGCUGGUACGGAUACGCUCGUAAAAUCCACUACACUUGUGAUCUCUACUUUGCUAUUAACUGGGGCUUGAUUACUGGAUUUGCCAGCCCCUUCCCCUGGUUCUAUCCAGUCUUCUUCGCCGCCAUGAUCACCCACCGUGCAACUCGCGAUAUCCAACGAUGCCGUGCCAAGUACGGAGAGGCAUGGACUGAGUACGAGAAACAGGUCCCUUACCUUUUCAUCCCCUAUGUGAUCUAG